GUUUUGACCCAUUCGUAUCCUCGUCACAACACACGCCCCUUUCUUUAUAAUUGUAAUUUCAACAAAACCCCAACUUCAAACCUUCACUUCUCCUUUCAUCACUUCGGCAGUCACAGAAUCCUCGUAACCCAAAAUGCCUUUCAAGAGGGACGUUGAGAUCGGAAGGGUUGCUCAGAUCAACUACGGCAAAGUGUAUGGGAGGCUAGUGGUCAUUGUCGACGUCAUUGACCAGAACAGAGUACGAAUGAAAAAUUUACCUUGUUGGUUAUUCCUUCUCGGACAAAAAGCAUGGAAGUGUUUGGUCAAGGCAGUUCUAGUAAGUUACAACCUCCUUGUAUUUGCAGUCCUUAAGCAAAGUUUUCUUCUCGCUGUUGUACCAUCUUCAAGCCAGAAAUCUUUAUAGUUAAAGGUGAUUCAGCUGGAGGAAGUGCUAAGUAAGGGCGUGACAGGCGCUUCCAGUGUUAGGAAACAGAUCUCAUGGUGAUUUAUGUAGCGAGAAGUUCACAUAGUAGAAUAAGGCUUUUGAGUUGCUGGGUAUAUUCAAUCACUCUUGAUCAUUGCAGCGGUGGAUGUUGUUGUCUUCGGGAAAUUAGUAUUUAAAUUUUGUAACUUGAGAACGAUUGAAGUUCUGAUAUGAAAUUCAACGUGAUCAUGAUGGAUUUCAAAUGCUCAAAAGAAGGAUGUGAUGGUAAUGUCAUCAACAACCUAACACUCAUUGCUUGCUACAAAAGAUGGGAUUUUAGUAUUUCACUUUAAAAUGUUCACCAGUUAUCAACUAUUAAAGUUGACAGAUUGAGAUGUCAAACUUGACUUAGCUUUGGUUUCUUGUUUAUUAGCUAUUACAACUGGUUGUGAAUCAUAUAGAAUGCUUUUGCUGUCUACGUACAAAUAAAUGCUUUCUCAUUGUCCCAAAAAAA